AUGUCUGCUGAAAGGAGUUCCCUUGGAGAGAAAAUUCGAGUCUUCUUUCUGGGUGAUGAGGCAAAGACCAAGGAGGAGAGGAAGCUCGUGCAGAAGAUCGAUCGGGCUGCUUUUGCCAAUGCAUAUGUAAACUUGUGCCCUAAUAUCUUUUGCAAAUUGAUGCUCAUCAUUGAUGCACAGGUCGCUGGGCUUCGCGAAGCCCUGGACAUGAAGGGUCAUGAUUACAACACCGUCCUUUCGGUCACUACUGCUGGAAUGGCCGUCGGCAAGAUUCCCCACGGACUGAUCAUACAAAAGAUCAAGCCGCGCAUCUGGCUUCCGUCCAUGGUCGUUGUCUGGACGGCUUUGACAAUGGUUAGUGCAGCAUGCAAGACAGUUACCCAGCUUUGCGUCGUCCGUUUCUUUCUCGGUGUUGUAGAGGCCAGCAGGUAUGCCGGAACAAUUUACAUCAUUGGCUCGUGGUACAAGCCCAAAGAGAUCUCCAAGCGUACGGCCAUCUUUACGGCCUCUGGCCAGGUCGGAACCAUGUUUGCUGGGGUCAUGAUGACUGCAAUCUACAAGGACGGAAUCAUCACGUUUCCCAUCGCCUUGUUCGGGUUUUUCUAUUUCCCGGACAUCCCGAAAAACACCACGGCAAACUACCUAAAUGAAUCCGAGAGGCAGUUAGCUGUUGCUCGCCUUCCUCCAAUCAAGGAAGGAGGACACAGCAUCAGCCCCUUUUCACUUAUGAAGCGCUUGUUUCUUCAACCUUCGUUCUGGAUCCUGGUAUUCUGGUCUCCUGUUUGCGCUACCCUCGAAGCCUAUUCUGUUCAAAACAACUUCCUCAUAUGGCUCAAGUACCAGUCUUCACACUUCACUCAGAGUCAGAUCAACACCUAUCCUCUCGGUGUACAGGCUGUCGGUAUCGUGUCCAACAUGUUGGCAGCCUGGCACAUGGAUGCCACCGGAACCCGCGUGCCCAUGGCCGUUCUGACUGUGAUGUUACAAUUGAUCUGCGCCAUCAUGCUUCUGGUCCCAACACUGCCGUUUGCCGGGACUUUCUUCGCAUUCUACCUGUCCGGCACUGCGUACAUGGUCAAUCCGCUAAUCUUUGGCUGGGCGAGCAUCAUUCUCCAGCGCACUGGAGACGACGCGGUCCGCAGUGUCACUGUCUAUUGCAUGAAUGUCCUAUCUUUGACUCUAUAUACCUUCUGGGGUAUUGUGUUCUACGCUGCUGAUGAGGCCCCGUAUUGGAAGAAGGGUGGCAUUGUCAUGAUUGUCUGCUGCUGCGUCAUGCUGGGCUAUGUGUGGGUUGUGUGGAAGGCGAGUCAUGAUCAAAUCCUGUACUGGUCAUGA